GACCCCAUUUCAGAUGCCACCCAUGGGAUGAAUCCUCGUCUAUCUUUUAACUUCAUGGCUCUCUAUUGCCUCUCAUCCUACCCGACUUUCACAUCCCAUCGUUCGCUAACGGCGCUCGGCAGGCUUGUAUUUACUAUUGUGAACAUUCGUUUGGCUCUCCCGGGAUUGCAUUCAUUAUGACGGUCAGACGCAGUACCAGGGACAAAAGCCGUGCACUCGGUACCGGUAGCGCAAGCGGCGGAGGCAGUACCCGCGGCACGCCUACUUCCGCACAGAGGGUCGCUUAUCACGAGCCACCAACUGCAGAUCUUCCCGGCCUGUUUCCGGUACAUGACGGAUCAUACGGUAUCAACACGCAUGUGAAUCUUGACCCCGUCAAAAGUCGGCGGCGCGGUCAAACGGCCAAGUCUGGAUUUGUCAAUGAAGAGGAGGAGGACAGGCGUUUCGUCAGACAGGUCGGACGGAGGAGUAGGCGCCACGGCAUGGAGGAUAACCUGAGAAGGGUCGUCCAGGAGACCGUUGAGGAAGCAGAGAGAGACGAGGACAAUGAAAACCCGGAAGAACCCCAUCGCCAACCCGGAACGGCUAGAGGAGAGCCGGGCAGACGACAUCGGCCGCAAGUCUCCAAGACAGGACCUCCGCCUCCGUAUGACGAUCGUGGAAAGAGAGGGGAGCCGGAACGGCAAGAGGCAGGGGAAGAAUACGAAGAGGAAGAGGAAGAAGACUAUGAAGAGGAAGAGGAGGACUAUGAAGAGGAGGAUCAGGGAGGGCAAGGACAGGAGCAGGAAGAGAAAGACAACAAGGGAGACACCCAGGGCGGGGGCGACCGGAUACCCGAUGCUGACCUCAUAUACCAACCGAUGGCACCACACAUACCUACCUUGGGACAGCCUUAUGAAGAUCGUAACGACGACGGAUCGAAACCGCCAUAUACGGCUGUCGAGUAUAGCUCCCCGGAUCCAUAUGCACUCAUUCACAAUAGCAAUCCGACUGGGCCAUCCUUAACGAAGCGCCGAUUCUAUGGUCUGCCUAUUGGACAAGGUUCCUCAACCUCUAAGGAUCCAGACGUUUACAGGAGGGGCUAUAGCUACGAAAGCUCACUAUAUCGUGAAGCAACUGUUCGAACGCCCAGUCCCACACAAGAUAUGGGCCGCCGAGCACCCGCACCCGUUCCGCCAGCAACGAGCGGCCCAAUGGGAGACACUGAUGACAUCUGGGAUUGGGAGGCUGAAGAAGGUGAUACCGGCUCGGCGGCAAUCGGUAGUAAAGAGGCGCCCGGUCUUCCGGAAGCGCUCGACCCCAAAUCCCCCAAACCCGCGGGUCUUGAUAUUUCGUCGCUGAGCCUCACCGAAGAGGAGUCGAAGAUGAUGCAGAGGGUACUCGGCCAAGUUCAUGCAUCACCCGGCCAGACUCCCCACCAAAUUGUUUCCCUAGACCAUCUGACACUCGAGGAGAAUCGGGCGGCGAGAUCAUUGAUCCGGGAUAUGGGCAGAGACAAGGAUACGGUAAAGAGAAUCGUCGACGAGUUGGACAAGGCAGCCGCCAAACGGCUCUCAGCCCACCCCGCGCCAUCCAGUCUAUUUGGCCCGCCACCUAAUAAGUCUAGGACCUAUCCCCACGGUAAACAGCCGGUGGACAGCAGCUCCAGCGCUCCCGGCGCCCCCGGUAAUCUGACCCCCGUCGUCGACAGAACCAACCAACCACCCCGUCGACCCACAGACGAUGCGGCCAUCGGAAAGAGCUCAACUUCCGGCCAAUCGACCAGCCAGGUAAAGCCCGACGUCAAGAAAUCCACUGUCCAGGCUGCACCACAGCCGCCGCCACCGCCGCCAUCGCUGCCGCCUAAAACACGGGGGCCGAAAGCGACAGUUAUUAGUCGAGUCAAAUCCAUGUCUCGAUCCUUGAUUCGAGCUCUACGGGACCUAAAUAUCGGUGGCGUCCCAAGACUGAUAUUCGUGUUCCUUAGCAUCCUAACUGCAGCCUGGUUGCUUCUGACCUUGCUCAAUGGCGUGUCCAUGCCAGUGAGGGAUGACUUUUUCUCCGGCGUCGAACCCUCCCGCUUCGGAUGGAACAGCAUCAAGAAUCUCAUCCCAUCUAGAAUUAAAAGUCCAUUCAAUGACUUGAGCCCCCCUCGCUCAGCAGAAGACUGCUGUGGCGGCCUCUCGAACACGCUUCAAGGUCACAAGUCGGCAAUAGCCAAUCUCAAGAGAUCCGAUGACGAGUUGUCGAAGCUUAUGCAGGACCUGAAUCGGAGGAUUCCCGCAAAGGUCUUUGUCGAAUUAGACAAACGGGGCAAGCCUAAGAUAUCAGAGGACUUUUGGCACGCGCUGAGGGAUUUGAUCCGAGAGGAUGACAUAAUUCUCACACUGGAAAAUGUCCAGAGAGAGGAUCCAAAAAUAUCAGACGCACAUUGGCAUGCAAUUCAGACCCGUCUAGAACAGGAUAGGUAUUACACCCUGCCAAAAGAAGGGACUGGUAAGACCAAAGUCUCGCCAGAGGAGUUGGAUCACGAUAUAGACAAUAGAAUAUCACGGUCAUGGCAGAACUGGCUAGACCAAAACGAGGGCUUACUGAAGGAAAUGGUCGCUGGCACAGCUAUUACCAAGCAUGAGUUUAUGAAGCUAUUCCAGGACCAAAUCCAGGUACACCGGGAAGAGAUCCGGAGGGAGUUUGCAGACCUAGAGAAUCGAGUGCAAGACCUUGCAGACACACUCUCGGGCCUCCGCGACUCGGCGCCGCCGGCGGGAAUGACAGCAGAGGAGGUGCAGAGUCUCACCGAUGCCGCGAUCAAGAAGGCCUUGCAGCACGCAGUAUUCGACGCCGUUGCUUCUGGGGGGGUGCAUAGCCACACCAACGAUGUGCUCAACAACGCGGUCAACUUCUUCUCCCCUGCCUCCGGUGCAACCAUCGAUCCCGACCGUACCUCGGAGACCUGGAGGCCGGCAAAGCCCGAGUUCCGGGCCGACGACUGGUUCCGUAAGACUGCCUACCCACCCCUACCUCCUCUGGCGGCCCUGAUGCCUUGGGAUGACGAGAGCGAGUGUUUCUGCGCGGGAUCCGGUGGUAAGGCCCCAGGAGGUGGUUUAAAUGCCCUCGCGGUGCUGCUGAGCUACCCCAUCAUCCCGCAGCACCUUGCGGUUGAUCACCUGCUUCCGGGGGCGACGCUGGACCCCGGCGCGAUGCCGCGGGAUAUCGAGGUGUGGAUCGAGAUCGACGACCUGACGCUGCGGGCCGAGGUCCUCGUCUUCUCGGCCAACAGCUUCCCAGACACGCCCCGCGAGACGGCGCUGAACGAGGCCUUCGUGAAGGUGGGCCACUUCACGUACGAGGCCCGGAACUACGGCGACGGCGUCCAGGUAUUCAAGCUGAGCGACGAGCUGACGCGCCUCGGCGCCAGCACGUCCAAGAUCGUCGUGCGCGCCGUCAGCAACUACGGCGCCGACCACACGUGCUUCUACCGCCUGCGCAUGUUCGGCCAGCUGGUCGAGGGCCCGGACGUCGUGAGACACGAGGUCCCGCCGCCCCGUCCAAGGAGCUGGUGGUCGCGACUACGAAAUGCACGCUUCCGGGCCACAGACUAGAGCAAGCCUUCCCCCCCCCCCCCCCCUUCUGGCUGAAGCGCGAUCCCCCAGGUCUGCCAGGCAGUCGG